GAUGAUCAGCUGUUGAAUUACCGUAAAUUUUCUAGUUAAUGAUGGUUGGAAUUACGAGAUAAUUAGUGAAUUUGAGGACAAUUGGUCAUCAUGAAUCGAGCGGUCAGUGUUUCCAACAUGGAGAAGCUCGCGAGGUCCUUUGAGGCCUUGAAAAAUCACCAGCAGAGCUCGACAUCGGCUGAUGAUACGAGCACCAAAGAUGCGAAGAAAAAAGAUGUAACGCUAACCAAGAAGGAUUAUAUUGCUAACCUGACCGUGAUUGCAGAAGGGAUUUCUACUGCAAAUUUCAGAUCACUUGGAGAAUUUCCCAAGUUUCUUGGGAUCGCCAUGGAGAUAUUUCUGACGUCUUGCAAUGAUAGUGAGUCAGAUAUCAGACUGAAAGCAGAUGAGUGUCUCAACAAGGUCAUAAAGGCUUGCAUGGAAAGCAGUUUAGGUCGGCUGCAGUUAGAGCUGUACAAAGAAAUUAAGAAGAAUGGACCUUCUCGAAGUCUUCGUGCAGCCCUAUGGAGGUUUGCAGAGAUGGCCCACCUGAUCCGCCCUCAGAAAUGCAGACCUUACGUCAUCAAUCUCCUUCCUAGUAUCGCCAGGAUAUCCAGGAGACCGGAGGACAUUGUUCAGGAAGCCUUGAUGAAUUUCCUCAUCAAAACUCUUCCAGUUCUUGGGACCUUUCUUACAGACACAGAAGUCAAGAAUCUGAUGAAGGUGUUAUUCCCGAACCUGAAGCACACCUCGGCCACCACAAGGAGAACAGCAGCUAGGUGUAUUGUCUUGAUCUGUCAGUACGGUCGCAAGCCUGCCCUCUACUUCUCAUGGCUUGUGCAGGCUCUACUCAUGUUUGUAAUACCUGUGAAGGAGAGUUUCCCUGUUCAGAUCCACCUUGGUGUCUUGCUCUGCUUGCGUUACACCGUCCCUCAUCUGGUCAUGCAGAGAGCAAAGGAACAAGGGUUAAAGGGCAGCUUUGGGGUCACCAAGAAGGAAGAGGAGACUGGGGUCAAAGAUGAACAACUUGUAAAGAUCUUUGAGUACUUGAUCCAUUGCACCAGGCACGCUGACCACAACGUCCUGACUGCAACACUGGAUGCCCUUCAGCAGCUCUUGAAGGACCCUCCCAAACCCUUACUGGACAUCCUGAUGUCCAAGGAGGGGAUUGCCAAGAUCAGCAUCUAUGAAGACAAGGAGAAAGGGUCUCCGAAGGAUGGAGAAGGGCCAGCUGGAUCAACCACAGAAGGUGAGGAAGGUAGCACCUUCACGACCGACUCGGGUCUCGAUGAAGACCAGUACUCUACAUCAGCACCAUCAGAGACCUCAUCUUCCGGUCUAGCAACCACACCCACCUCCGCCCGGUACUCAACCACCAGUCUAGAGUCCAUCCCCUCCUCUCUGUAUGCCGACGCCCAAUCGGGCCGCACCUCCCGUGACCUCUCCGCGUUCGGUGACCAGAGCAACGCCAGUCUGGCCGAUCUUGAGACCGAGACCUCAGAGCUCGUCAUGGAUGAUGGAACGUCCGAUUACUCCAAUAUGGCGAUCGGUGGUGUGGAGGACAAUGGAGGAGAUGUUGGAAGGGUAGGGUCGGAGGGUGUAAUGGAGAAUGGUGGAGAGGAGGUAGAGCAAGGCAUUGAGGCAGAUGAUUACGCUGCUACAACGCCCUCUAGUGAUGAGGUCUUGGACAGUCCAGGAGAUACAGAUGAUAUCAGUCCUAUACGGGACAGGACUGCCACCAUUGAAGAAGGCUCACCUGAUGUAGAAGUAACAUUUAGACCUGGAGAUAUUGGAUGCUAUACUGAUGAGGACUUGCCCCUGCGUCAUCUCUUACGUCUACUGUCCAGCUCUUUCCUACUGACCGGUUACCAGGGGUCACUCAUCCCUGACCGCAAGGCUAGGGUCAGCGUGAAGGUACUGGCCAUGGGCUGUGCUGGUCAUAUCAUCGGCAUGUACCCCAGGCUUUUCUUUGACCGUCUCUUCAAAGGAACAGAAGGAGGAGCCAAAGUAGAAGAUGAGCAAUACAUCCGUGACCUUCUUCUGUAUGUGGGUCACUCUGACCCCCAGCUGAGAGGACAAACCUUACUGCUGAUUGGUCAAAUGUUGAAGGCUUCUCUGAUUGAAUCUAAUUACCUGUACACUGAUUGGUGCUGGCGGAUAUGUGAAGAAAGUAAUACAGAUCCAGUAAGCAUCGAGUAUCUGGUGUCCCUGCUCUCCACAUCGGUCUCGGAUGAUUCCUCUGUCACUGCAAGAAGUAUAUGUCAAUCGGCCAAGCUGUGCCUUCAAGAGCUAUGCAGAAGUUGUCAUGGCAAUUUAGGCCUGACGUUGACCUAUGACCUUUUGAAACUGUCCAGUACCACGUAUUGGUUGGUUCAAGUGGAGCUAAUGGAAUUGAUUAGUGGAUUUGACUUCAAACUGCUUCACUAUCUUGAGGCUAGGAAAGUGGAGGAGCUGAAGAGAGGAUACACGUUCAUGAGAGAAGAUAUUCAGAGAGUAGUCCUAGAGGAGGUGGUUCUCAAGCUCAUAGGUAGUGAAGAUGGCAGGGUCAGAACUGCAGCUGGAGAGGCACUUUCCAAACUUGUACCAAAGCUGUUCUACCCAGUGGACCAACCCCACCAGGAAUCCAUCUCUUCCCUAGCCAAGGUCCAUGUGUCCCGCUACCUGGACCCUGUGAUGAGGGACCUCCAGCCCUACACGCCGGCCAUUACAGCCACCAUGGAAAGCCUGCCAGUGUUCCAAAGCAGAUCUUCAGAGGGAGGAUGUGCAUUCUCUGAAUCGGCUCUCUCCAGGAUGGUUUCUGUACUCUUUGAUGUCAUGAGCAACACCAUGUCCAGAUACAGCACUUAUGGGUGUGUACGUGCCCUCGCAAGGCUCUCAAGCAGUUUCCCAGUGACACAGCACCCAAGUGCUUGGGGAUGCUCUCAGAACCCUUCCUCUCUGUCUCGCUCUCAUGACGGAGGAAGCCAUCCCAAGCUACAGAGGCAAAGCAGUCUCACGUAUAAAGGAGGAUCAGGCACUAGCAUUGGGAGCACAGGAAGUGGAGUGAGUCCUGAGGAGUUGGCUGGAGGGACUGGAUGCGGGAGUCUACCACUGGUUGUCUCUCUUCUCACCUCCUCUGUAGCUAUGCUGGACCUAGCAGCCCAACAUGACAUGCUUCAAUUGGCAACCAAUCUACUUCUAGGUGCUGCUGCCAACUCUCUCAAGAGCAGCAUCUCCAAGAAGAUGACCUCCCCUGCGACCUCUCCAUCCCAGGAGGGGGAGGGGAGCGGAGAGAGCUGGCAAUGUCUCAACAAUCGGCUCCUGGUGCCCAUCGUGGAGCGCGUCUUGCUUCAUGUCACGCGCCUGGUCAGCAUCUUCAGUCAUGUGAUCGAUAACCACCAGCCUGGCCCCGCCAAGUCACAGACUGCUCUACCGUCCCUACCAGCUGGCCCUUCUCUUAGUCCUAUCAAGAGGAAGAGUAAGAUAGGAAGGGACAAAGACACACCAGACCAAUCACCAACAACACCUCAGAAUCCCAACAAACCAACACCAGAUAAAUCUGAUACAUCCGAGGAGAAGAAGUCUACGAAGUCUAGCUAUGGAUCCUUCUACCAGCAUGCACACUACAUGAGGAUAUAUGAAACAUUGAGAGGAGCUUACAAAAACUAUAAGGCUACAUUAGAACUCACCAAACCUGACAAGUUCUGCCUCUUGCUCAAGAUGUCAUUAUCCUGUCUCGGUCAGCUACUAGAGCUAGCUUCUAUUACUGAAGUGGGCCAUUAUGUUGAGGAAAUUUUGGGCUAUCUCAAGUCUUGUGUCACCAUUGAACCUACGAUGACCAUAUUGUGUGUUGAACAGCUCUUGAAGGCUCUGUUCUUCACCAACAUGGCCAGUGCUCAAGAUCUCUCCUCACCUCACCAUGCUCGUAAGACUGGUAAAGCUGCUCGUCUGACGUCCAACAUGAAACCGGGACUGUAUCACGAUUGCUUCAUAGCACCCUACACGCAGUACACUCAGUGCUUAGCUUCUAUGGGACCUAAGCUGACGACUACUCCGGAUACAGAGAAUGAAAGCGUUGGGGUAUUUGGUUGGAUCAAGACAAGAGCAGACAGACGAGCUAGUAUGUCAGCAAAGAGCAGUAAAGACAAGACUGCAGUUCAGAACUACAUCCGUCUGUUUGAGCCUCUAGUGAUUCGGGCCCUGAAGCAGUACACUGUCAGCAGCUGUGUGGUCCUACAGCAACAGGUCCUACAUCUCCUGGCCCAGCUGGUCCAGCUCAGAGUCAACUAUUGCUUGCUAGACUCAGAUCAGAUUUUCCUGAACUUUGUUAUAAAACAGUUUGAGUACUUAGAGGAAGGACUGGUCAAGGGCUAUGAAGUACUGAUUCCACACAUCUUCAACUUCCUAGUUCUGUUGUCAUACGAGAGGUUCCACAGCAAACCGGUCAUCGCCAUGCCCAAGAUCAUUCAGCUGUGUGAUGGUAUCAUGGCCAGUGGACAACAAGCCUCGACCCAUAUUGUCCCAGCUCUGAAGCCCCUUGUACACGAUCUCUUCAUUCUGAGAGCCAACAACAAAUCAGAAUCAGCCAAGGAGUUAGACACGCAGAGGGAGGUAGUGGUUUCUAUGCUGCUCAGACUCAUCCACUACAGCCAGGUACUGGAGAUGUUCACAGCAGUUCUACAGCAGGCACAUCGUGAGAAUGAAGAGAAGUGGAAACGGCUCUCCCGACAAGUUGUUGAUAUGAUACUCCCUCUUCUGGCCAGGCAACAGAUUAACCUGGACAGUCCAGCUGCCCUUGAUGUUCUUCACCAUCUCCUAGGGACUGUAGCUCCUAGCUCCCUCAGGCCUGUUGAUAUCCUUCUGAAGGCUCUUCUCUUAGUUCCUUAUGAUCAGGUUAGCAUCGUAUCGAUGCAGCGUUGGCUUGCCAUGGCUCUAGCCCUGCUGGGUGUCUUGACCACACAGUCCAAGGAGGAAACCAUCCUGUCUCGUCUCCAGGAGCUAGGCUUGACCUCUGACCUCUUCAUCUGUGUCCUGGACCCCCAGCAUACUAAGGAGGAUGCCCUCAAUGCCAACAUGACCCCUCCUGAGGAGGUUCUAGCGAGAUUCUUGCUGCAAAUUGUAGGGUUCACUGUCACCACCGUACAGAGCUUACGAUUCUCCAAGUCUAUAGAUGUGUCAGGUGUUCAGUCACAUGACUUCCUAGCACAGGAGCUGUCCAGGCUGCUUUUGUCUAUGACACACAUGUUCAAAUCUGGAGCUUUCAGGAAAGUUGGAGUAAUGAUGGCUAGUCUAAUCUCCAGACCUCAGCAGUCCAAAUGCUGGUUUGCUCUCGAUCAUCUCAAUGAAGUAUUCCAUUCACUGAUACAGACAGACCCAGUACUGGUGCUACAAUGGUGUCAGCUGCUCCUUCUGCUGAACUACGACUCCACCGAUUGGUGGAUGCGCAUCCUGCACACACCUAAGAAGCCCCCUCUCUCCAAGUCCAUGUCUUCAGGGAGCCUGGAUCACCUGGAGACAAACCUGGAGCCAGAGCUCUCCACUGCGGAGGAGGUGGUCAAGCAAGGAGCCCUCGUCCUUUUCUGUGAUUAUGUGUGUGAGAACGAGGCUGAUGCUGAGCCUCUAUCAUGGCUUGUAGUCAACCACGUCAACGACAUCGUGCAGCUCUCAUAUGAACUCCCUGUUCAAGAUCUUGUAAGUGCAAUUCAUCGCAACUCGGCCGCUAGCGGUCUCUUCCUUCGUGCAAUAAACAUUCGAUUCAGCCACAUGAACAACCCAUGUCUCGUGAGACAGACCCUGAGGUUACUAGACGGCAUUCACCUUACACAGUCAGGUAUGCUUCUCACCCUUCUGAUUGAGAAGUUCCUCACGACCCACUGGCAGUCGGUUGGCCGCGUGGCCAGCGGGCUAGCAUGCAGGAGAGUGGAGAUGCUGCUUGCUGAGAGAGUAGAUCAGCACUCGAAGACACAGCUCACCCAUGAAGAACUGACGAAGCUGGAAGGCUUCAUAACCUCAAACAGGCUGGCUCAAAAGAACCAAAGGUUGAUGUCUCUACUGAGUAGGAUAAAGCUUGACCUGACCGUGGAGGAGCCAGCUCAGUCUCCUCCUGACCUGCCCACCGACUUGCCAAAGAAUCUUGCAGAUGUGUUCCUGGAUAAGGAGUGGUAUGUAUCUCACGUAGAGUCGUGUUGCUGUGGAAAUGGUCCGGCAUCAUCCAGUAGAGACUGUGCUACCAUGUUGUCCAGGCUUUCCUAUGAAGACAUCCUGGCCAUCAUGACGCGUGAGGACUUUGACCACACACUGAUCGGCGAGUGCAUCAGCUUAGGGUUAGCUCGCACCCAGGUUGGAGCAUCUGAGCACGGUCAAACCCCAUCCAGUGCUCAGCCCCCCAACGCUACCCCAUCCAGCACCGCACCAUCAUCAGGUGGUGAACACCCCUCGCAGGCCACGCCCCUCGACGCCCUCCUGAAGGCUUCCAUGCCAACCCUCAUCACGCACCUGAAGGCGUUUGCUGCCCUCGUCCCACGGCCGCAUCAGAUCCUGGAACCGGCAUCGGAGAGUCAGGAGGCGAAGGAUUACUAUUCCAAGAUGAUGGAAUGCUUCCAGGAUCCUUUGUGGUGCAAUCAGCUGGAUGAUAUCAUCUGGGCGUUAUCUCGAUACUUCGUGGCUUGUAGGACGUUAAAGCUUGAUCUUGAUAUGGAAGCUUCUGAAAGCAUGAUGUCUCUUACUAUCUCAGCAUUAGAGUUGGUGAGUUGGAGUAUAUCAGAGGGUAAGCCGAUAUCCUCUGCCCAAGCUCUCCAUUCCAUAGAGUGUAUCGCUGAGAUACUCCAGCACCCUGAGCUCUCAAUUGUGAUUGGUGGUUCCGAUCAUGUGACUUGGUUCUGUUCAGCUAUUGGCUGUAUCCAUCACAUCAUCCAAGCAGGGAAAGUGUGGAAGGAAGAACACGAGCCUUUCACGGUGCCAAAGCUUCAAGAAAUGCCCGGCUCAGAUUCAAGGUUUGACCACCAGCUCCAAGCCUGUCACCGGAUAUCUGAACUCGUUGAACUCUUGAACGAGAACCCGUCCCCUAAGGAUGAACAAGCCUACCUCACCAAGACGUCUCAAUUCCUCAGAGAACCCAUCAGGAGGGUAAUGGUUGGCCUCGCCCGCCUGCCCCUGGUUAAUGGGUUCGCUAGGACCCCUCCCCUUCUGUGGAAGAUGGGGUGGUGUCCUAGCCCCCUGGAGCGUGCUCAAACCAACCUGCCCCCUAUUCCAUUAGAGUUCCUCAAAGAAAAGCCGGUGCUCAGGAGCUUCAUACAGCGGGUCAACUCAAUAGGAUGGACAAGUCGGUUCCAGUUUGAGGAGACAUGGGCCUCGCUGCUAGGCCUGUUGAAUCCUGCUGAGAAUCCGGAAGAUGUCAUGUUGGAGGAGGAGAUGGAGCAGAGUGAGUUGAUGUGUCUAGCCAUACGAGGGAUCUCAUCCCUGCUCCUGAACACCAUCCUACGCCCCUCUGCCGGUAACCCCAUCAACAGUCGACCCCUCUGUAUCCCACGACACGACAGCUUGCCCUUCCUCGCCACCCAGAAGGGUCAGAGGUUAGGUCGGCUCAGGGUACUCGUGGAACGAGAGAUGCAAGCUAUGCAGUCAACUAGGUCUCAAAAGACUUUGGUACCUGCUACGAGUACAGCCAUGGAAGGACCGUUUGAUGAGAUGCUGACAGCUAACAUGGAAACGGAGGGUACUCAGGACCAGUUCACCUUGGGACAGAUCUCUGUCCAUGGCAUCUGGGCGAUCAACAACAUGAUGCUACCACUCACUGAAGACCCGAACCAGAACCGGUCAGAAGCCAGCAUCAUCCCCCUGGGUCGUACGGCCAUCCCCGCUGCCCUCAGCAGGGUUCCGUCCAAUCUCGAUGUCCACUCCUGUCUGGUGUUACUCCUUGAGGUGUAUGGUCAGUGGCUUGCCCCUGGCUCGGCCCGCCGGACAUCGCUCAUGCUCCUCUGUGAGACAAUCAAGUCGGUACUGCUAAUUUCUGAUGUCUUCACUGAGCGAUCUCAGUUUGAAUGGAUGUAUGAGACUUUGCUGGAGCUUAACAAGAUUCAUCCUGUGGAAGACGAGUUAGUCACGCAGUAUGUGAUUCCAGGCAUCUGUAAAGCAGCUUCCGUUUUAGGAAUGGACAAGGAUGUCUCUGAGAAGGUCAGCAAGCUACUUGAGGUCACGUUACGGAGCACACAUCUUCCAAGCCGAGUGGGGGCGCUCUACGGGGUGCUUUACAUCCUAGAGUCGGAUGCUGUAGAGGAUAUCCAAGUCUUUGUUCCUAUGGUAACCGAUUAUAUCGCUACGAACAUCAAGGCCAUCUCAAAUAGCAGUAGUUCAGCUUGUCAGAAGCAUGUCCUGGUGAUGCUCUCAGUAGGGUUUUACAUCAUGGAGUACUACUCUGAUCUUACAGCAGGAUCAGACUUCACCAAAGUCAUUCUCCAGCAAUGUGUAACGAUGGUGCUUAUGAGCGAUGAAUCUACAUCCUGGUUGGUUUACCAUGCGAUUAUGGUCGGCUUUGAGAGACUGCUGGUGGCUCAUGCACUGGGCUCUCAGGAGAGAGAUAUGCUCAAAAAGCUCAGCGUUGACAGGUUGUGUCUGCCCUCCCCCAUGCAUGCCCUGUCAGCAUUAGGUCUGCUGCUGACAAGCAUGUACACUGCUGAAGAUGGCAGAGGGGUUUCGUCAGAUGAUGAUGACAUCCACCAACAGAUGCAACCCCAGGACCCGGAAGAAAUACUACUUGCCAUGGAGAGAGUCUCCAUCAUGUUUGAUAGAAUACGGAAGGGAUACCCAUCAGAAGCGAAGGCCGUUGCGUUCAUCCUUCCUCCAUUCCUGAAUGACUUCUUCCCACCUCAGGACAUCAUGAAUAAGGUGAUAGGAGAGUUCCUUUCCAAUCAACAACCUCAUCCCCAGCUCAUGGCUACCGUCGUCUUCAAGGUCUUUGGUAACCUCCACCGGAAUGGUCAGACCCAGUCUGUCCGUGACUGGGUGAUGCUGUCACUCUCAAACUUCACCCAGCGUACACCGGUUGCCAUGGCGAUCUGGAGUCUGACAUGCUUCUUCAUCAGUGCCUCCACAAACAAAUGGCUCAGGGCCUUACUGAGUCAUGUCAUUAAUAGGAUGGGCAAGUUGGAGCCUGUGGAUCGCAAGUACUUUAUCCUUGCAGCCAAGGAUUUCUACAAUACUCAGGUAAUCGAUGAAGCAAGUCGGAGAGCCUUCACCGCUACAUUCCAAGCAGUCAGCACAACGGAUGCUGCGUAUGCACUACUUGCCUAGAUAUCACUUCAGACUUUACCUACUGGUAGCUGAAAGUUCUAAAGAGGAAUGGUCCUGUUUAAAUAGGAUUAUAUCAAUUACUGGUAGUAUUGGAUAUCACUUCAGACUGAACCAGAACCUUCCCUAGCUGAUAUGUCUAGAGAGG